AACGCCAAUUGAUUUGUGUAUGAAAAGCCGGCGCUUUUCGCCCCCCUCUCCGGUGGUGCGUUUUGAGUGAUCAGCUGAUGAAGAGGCUUGCUGCACGCUGCUAUGCUGGCUUGCUAAUUCUUUCCCCUCCAGCUGAUAUCCAGCCUGCACACCACAGUCAGGCUGUGGAGAACGGGGUUUCUGAGGCCAUGGAGGAGGAAACCAGCCUGAAGAAGCGCAAAGGUGAUCACCAAGGCAACAAAGACUCUGAGACCGGACAGGAAGGGGCCGAGAAAGUGAAAAAGCGCCGGGGGCGACCACCAGCAGAGAAACUCCCCCCAAAUCCUCCAGAUCUUACCAAACAAAUGAACACCAUUGUGGACAUGGUCAUCAACUAUAAGGACACGUUAGGAAGACAGAUCAGCAAGGGUUUUGUGCAGCUGCCCUCCAGAAAAGAGGUGCCUGAAUACUACGAACUCAUCCGCAAACCUGUGGAUUUCAGGAGGAUAAGAGAACGUGUGCGCAACCAUAAGUACAGAAGUGUUGCUGAUCUGGAGAAGGACAUUGCGCUGAUGUGCCAUAAUGCUCAGACAUUCAACCUGGAGGGAUCGCAGAUCUACCAGGACUCUAUUGUACUGCAGUCUGUUUUUGAAAGUGCUCGGCAAAGACUUGCCACUAAUGACAAGAGUGAAGAAGAAAAACCGGCUUUAGCAAGAGCUGAAGCAAAAGCAGAGCCAAUCCAGCAACACAGAGACGUUGACAAAAGUAAUAACGCUGGCGCCAUUUCGAAUCCUAAAGCGGUGAGUAGCUACAGCUAUGAGGACAGUGGAGAGGAACACGAGGACAACGCUGGACAGGAGGAAGACUGACCUGACAAUCCUGCUGUCAUCUUCAUACCUCUAACAGGGUGCAGUAGCUGGCAGUUCACACAUGUGUCUGAGUUAUUUGCAUUCAAUUCAUAAUCAAAUCUAUUCCUCUUUAUCUCUGAUUAAGUAUAUUACUACACAGACUAUCAUUAUAUUUAAUAAUUAAAAUGAAUACAUUCGGCAGAUAAUAAUGAGCAGAGUGUGAGCUGUUGACUAUAUAGCCCUUCUCCCCAUGCGUUGAUACCAAAUUGUUUGGUUACAGACAUUAAUUGCCAUCUUUGCUACUCGGCUAUUUUGCUUGGACAUCGCUGACGUUUGGAUUCAUAUUCUCAUCCAUUCUUUCCUUGUGGAAAAGAUUAUCUCAAAGGACUGCACUGAAAACGGAGGAAAGUGUUGCUUCAUGAGAUGUGCCCAGCCUUAAAACUGCCUUUUGUGUCCACAAGUAUUCGGUCCCCUCCCUCUGUCCCAUCCUAUGAAUCCCUCGUUCUCCUUCCCUCCCUCUGUCCCCCGCUCUCAUCUGCCCUUCACAUUCAUUUCCAGCCCUGCGUCUGGGUGAGACGUGAAGCUGCAUGACCUGAGCUGUUUGUACUGAUCAGCCUCUGCACCAUCCAUCUCUCUUUUUUAACUGUUGUAAAAUCCUUGACUAUAUGUGAGUGGGAAAACGCCCUGUGUUGUCUUGGAGCAUGAAGAUGAUGUAACUCAGCUACUACAAAAUAUGCCCUCAAAGAGGCGCCUUUUGAUGACAUCUUUUACAGUAUGUAGUCUAUUCAGAUCUUGUUUGGGAACUAGGGUGGGUGUGUACAGUCUGACGUUUAUAAAGGUUUGUAUGAAAUGGUUGGAAUAAAGCUG